AUGGCACACAGGUCUGACGCGCAGGCGUCCGGUAAAGCUCAGUACAGUCUUCCCGUGGCUCGUUCUACCGCAUCUCCCGAAGUGUGUCAGAGCGGGCGAGGCUACGCCCCCAGCGCGAGCCGCGCCGCGCAGGCGCAGCGGGGUGUGCGGCAGCGGCAGCGGCAGCGGCAGGAGGAGGCGGGCGGUGCCGCCAUGGCGGAGGGCGAGGGCCUGGUUUCCGUGGACUACGAGGUGUCCGGCAAGGUGCAAGGCGUUUUCUUCCGCAAGUACACCCAGGGGGAGGCUAAGAGACUAGGACUUGUUGGUUGGGUCCAAAACACUAGCCAUGGCACCGUGCAAGGACAAAUUCAGGGCCCAACUGCCAGGGUACGGGAGCUGCAGGAAUGGCUCAGGAAGAUAGGAAGUCCCCAGUCCCACAUCAGCCGAGCUGAGUUCAGCAAUGAGAAGAAGAUCACGGCGCUGGAGCACAAGGACUUCCAGAUUUUGAAAUAACUUUGUCCAGGAAUAAGCAAAAGCUGGAGCAUGAGCUGCCCUCACAGAACAUUUCCCCUCUUCCCCGUUCAUUCAGUCAGCCAAUAUUAAGCUCUAGAGAACUUUAUUUUAUUACAUUUCUAAUUUAUUCAUUCGUUGUACUGUUAGUCUAACUCUCAGCCUUUCACAGAAUUUUGGCAGGUAGAGGACGACCUGUGCUAUCUUUAUUAAAUGGGCUGUUUAGGGACACCGCCUCUUUAUUUCUGAACGUAUGUGCAGAGUGGGCUUUGAGUGGUUGUACAUGAGUAUAGUGUUGCACUCACAUGAAGGAAAUCAAUGCCAAUACCAAAUAUUGCUAAAAACAUUAUUUCUGUGCUCUAAAUGCCUCAGAAACAAUUUAUUUUGUUCCGAACUUUAUUUUUUCGUUAGAAUAAAAUUGCUUGGAGCUUC